AUGGAGAAAGAAAUGGGUGGGGACGAUACUCCAACCAGCCCCGCCCCCGGCGAUGCCACGACGAUCUCCGCCGUCCACCCCGACAUCCUCCAGACCCACAUCCUCACCCGACUGGACGGCCCAACACUCGCCUCCGCCGCCUGCGCAUCGUCCCAACUCCACGCCCUCUCCACCCAAGAAACCCUCUGGCAACAAAUCUGCCACCGCACCUGGCCCUCCACCACCGACCCACGCGUCCGCCGCCUCAUCUCUUCCUUCCCCUCCGGCCACCGCUCCUUCUACUCCGACUCAUUCCAAUAUCUCGACGGCCACCGCCGGUCAAGACCCAGUCGCCGUCCGCCGCCAGCCUACAUAAUCUCCGCAGUCGACAUACGCUACCAAAACCAACUAAUACUUUCCAAGGUCCACGUGGCGGAAACCGAGUCGGACCCAUCGCUGCCGUUCCGGGUCGAUUUGCUCGGCCCGAAGGAGGCCGCGCCAAUGCCGGUGAAUUUGGACAUCAGGGAGGACAAGUGCCUCUCUAAUCUCGAAGAGAACUUGACUCUCAGCUGGAUCCUGAUCGACCCCACCCAAACCCGGGCGGCGGACGUGUCGAGCUGGCGGCCCGUCUUGGUCAGGCGGAACUGGUUGACCAACGACGUGGAGCUCCGCUACGCGACGGUUCUCUCCGGCGGGGAGCUGGUGCAGUGUUUGGUGGCGGUCACGUGCGGGGGAGGGGGGACUGGGUUGGCGGUGGGUGAGGUGAGGUUAGACGGGGAGGAUAUGCAAAGGAAGAAGUUGGGGUGGAAGAGUUUGGGGGCGGCCGUGGAGGGUGGGAGGAAGAGGAGAGAGGGGAAGGGGGAGGAGAGAGUGAGGUACGAGGGGUGGUGGAGGGAGGAGAGAGAGAGGAGACGGAGGAAGCGGAGGAGAGAGAACAGGCGAGAUACGGUGUUGUUUGCCACCACUGUAGUCAUUCUAUUGUCUGUUUUGGUGUCUCUUUUGCUGUUUGUUGGGAUUAAAUUCUUGCAGUUACUGGUUUCACCGUUCAAUGGGUAA